GGCUCUGAAAUUGUCGGACAAACUGGUUGAAAAUGGAUACAACUGUGAUGAGCGAUUAGACAUUUGGCUGGAGUAUUUCGGCAAAAUUUGUGCUGUGUUAGAAGGUGAUAGAGAUAUGAUUGAAAGAAUUGUACGUGAAUAUUUUUUGAGUUGCCAUAGUGGAGAACGUUCAGAUUUUGCCAUUCGAUUCAGUGAUAAGGUCAUAGGGACCUCAAUUGGUAACAUCUGCGAUGUUAAGUUCUCUGGUGUAGAGACUCGCUUCUACGUCAAGAGCCACCAAAGAGGGCUUCGGCCGGAAUCGAUUUCAAUACGAAAUCGUUAUAGCAGCAUAGAGCCGCCGUUCAUCCAGGAGAUGUACUUAUAUAAGCUGUUAUCAUUGCUAGGUGUCGGAGGAGAUGUUCAUUUCAUACUCCCGAUGACUUCUAACAUGAAAAAAGCGUUAUUUUUUGCAACUGAAGCGGUCGAUUUCACGAUCGCAAAGAAUUUAACAGUUGAAAGCGCAAAUGUUACCGCAAUGCUCCUCGUGUAUUAUCUGGAAGUAAUUUUUCAACUGGAAGACAUUGGAACCAACCGAGGGAAUUUCGGACAAAGUCCUGGAGGAACGCCAGUCAUCAUAGAUUUUUUGGUGAGUCCAAAAGAUAACUUUGUCCUCUCCGAUUCUCAAAUCGACGAUCUCUGGGGAGAGCUACGUAACUGUAGCCGAUUUAUCGCAGAUGUUAUAAAAGGAGUUACUAGAGAGGAAAGAAAAAAAAUAGUUCAUAAAGCUGUAGAAGAUUGGGAUUUAGUGAGCAAAAUCGAUGAAGCUAAACUUAUAUUAGAUGCAUUUUUAUUAAAAAAUAGUGAAAAGCUGGUAGUUACCGGUGAUCUCAAUCUAUACGUUAGGGAUAUCAAAUCUAAUAUUGCGAAAU